AUGGAACUCUCGCAUCGUGAGCUCCUCAUUACUAAACCGGGAGCCACCGGGAAGAUUGCCCCAGCCCCCAGCGCCGGUGCCGGCUUCGCCCGAUCGGAAAGCCACCUCAGCUCAUCGAGCGCCAUCAUCAUCGAGGCGGAAGCUUGUCGACAGAGGUACAAGCGUUUGCAUCCAAAGGAUUGUGCAGAUGAUGAGAAGGACUACAAGACCUUGGUUCACACCCUCACGCAAGAGAGGCUCUCGGCGAUUUUCAAGACGAAGAUGGGCGAGGGCGCGUGCAAGACAGGGCUCUGCGGCUUGAAGGAGGAACAAGCUCGGGUCUACUUCAACGUGUACGGUAAGAACGAGAUCACCCCGCCCAAGCGUGAGAAUAUUUGGAUUAAGUUGCUGAGGCAGACCUUCCUGGGGAUUUUCAACAUCCUUCUUUGGUCCUGUGUCGUUGCAGAGGUCGCCCUCAUCGUCAUCUUCUCAGGCAGCAGCCCAGGAGCUGAAGUGACACACCUGAAUGCCACGCAGAAGGAGGCUCAGCCAGCAGAGGAAGGUCCCGACUACGUCACGCCCAUCAUCCUCUCGGCUGUGAUCGUUAUGGCUGCGUUGCUACAGUGGUACUCCGAGCUGAAGGCCGAAUCUCAAAUGGAAGCCAUGCAGAAGCUGCAGGCCGCAUCCAAGGUGCCAACAGUACGGAUGGACCAUGGCCGACGCGUCGACCUGGAGCUGGAUCCGGUGAACCUCGUUCCAGGCGACAUCAUCUUCCUGCAGGCUGGGGACCGCAUCCCCGCGGACGUGCGGAUCCUGCACUGCACCGACGGUACCGAGGUGGACAACAGCGCACUCACGGGUGAGUCCAUGCCGGAACCGCGCCACAACAAGACGGAGCCGGUGACCUGCCCACCACCCGAAGCUCGGAACCUGGCCUUCUUCGGGACCACCGUCCUGAAGGGCAAUGCCACCUGCCUCAUUCACGCCACGGGCGACGCGACCUUCUUGGGCAAGAUCGCCCAAGGCAUCAAGUCCUCCAGGGUGAAGUCCACUUUGGAAAUCCAGAUCGAACACUUCGUCCACAUCAUUGCCGUGGUCGCCAUCUGUGUAGGCCUUCUGAGCCUUUUGGCCAAUCUCCUCAGUCCGGUGAAGCGCGGACCCGCGGAGAUCCUGCAGAGUAGCGCCGCAGCCCUCUUCGCACAGGUGCCAGAAGGCCUUUUGCCCACUGUGACCAUUUCCUUGAUGAUUGCCUCCGACCAGAUGGCCAGUCGAAAUGUCAUCGUGCGCAAGAUUGACGCGGUCGAAACCCUCGGCUGCGUGUCGGUGUUCUGCUCCGACAAGACAGGCACCUUGACGACGGGUGAGAUGGCCGUGCAGGACUUAGUGGUGCAAUCUCCCGGCGCCACCUUCGGCUUGGAGGUGCACAACCGCGAUCGGGACUCUUCGCUUUUCAAGAGCCAGCCGGCGCUGGAAGAGAUUUCGAUGUGUGGCGUGCUGAACAACGGGGCGGAGUUCAAGGUGGAAGGGAAGGAAGAACGAUGGACUGGUUCUCCGACGGAGGUCGCGAUCCUGAGGGCCUGCGCCGAGGUGCAGGGAGGGCCCUCGCCAACAGCUUCGUUGAAGCAAAAGUCUGAGAACUUCAAAUGCUUUGAGAUCCCCUUCAACUCGGAGAAUAAGUGGAUGCUGACCAUCCAUGGUGACCAGAACAACGGCUACUUCGCGAUCUUGAAGGGAGCACCAGAGCGGGUGAUGAAGUACACCACCCUGCAGAGCGAUCCCAGCAUUGUGGGGAAGGUGGAGCAGCAACUCCAAGAUCUCAUGGGACAGGGCCGUAGGGUCCUUUGCAUCGCCAAGCGCUCGCUGGAGCAGAACGAAAUUCCCAUGGGCGCGAAGUUCGAAGGCACCAACGAUAAGGAUUGCAACUUCCCCAUGAAGGACUUCAAGUUCGUCGGCCUCUACGGCAUCGAGGACCCGCCGAAGAAGGGCGUGGCGGAGGCGGUGGUUGAUGCACAGAAAGCCGGUGUGAAGGUGGUCAUGGUCACGGGCGACCAUCCGGACACCGCCCGCGCGAUCGCAUCUCGAAUCAACAUCCUGGGUUCUACGGUGGAGACGCCCUCCCACGAGGCGGAGCAGCUUCAGGGAGCCACCGAGUUCUCGGUGAUCACCGGGGCGCGGCAGCCCAGGAUGCGACAUGCCUCGCCCGAUUCGGAUGAUUUGCUUCUGACCGAUGUGAUUUUCCGCACGAUGGCCACCUUGACGAGCAACGACGAGCUUGCCGUGGGCGGGGCCAGUGGUGUUGUGGAGGCUGAGGAGGAGGAGGGCGAGGAGAUUGAGAUUGAAGAGGUCCGCGAGGCCUUGAAGAAGGCGGUGGACCUGGAUGUGCCAAUGAAGACCUGCAAAGAGAACUGCGAACGCAUUGGGCAAAUCUGGAGUCAAUAUCAGGAGAAGAUCAUUGGCGCCCGGAUAGAUGAGGGGAGACGCGUCCGGCUCCAUUUGAUCAGUUCCUUGCUCUAUUUGCUGACCACUGUGAGAGGCUGUGCGGAGUGGAAGAAACCGCUUGCGCUUCAAGCGUUGAGCUUGCGCUUCAAACGCGCGGCUGACCUGGAAGUAUGUCUGGAAGCAGCUGAAGAAGAGGCGAGCAAGGAGAGGCUUGAAACUUGGGCCACUCUCUACUGCUUCACGCUUUGGCUGGGCAUGGUGCCUCUGGUGGCACGUGAUCUGAUUGAUCUGGUCUUUUGCUUCUUCCCAGACCGCGAAGGUAGCUCCGCCAACAUUCCCUUCAGCACCAGAAGGGGUUGGGGAAGGACCCGAAGUGAGAUGAACCGAGGCAGUCGGAUUCUCACCUUCGGGCUGAAGGGGCUACGCAGCACCAGCCGGACGCGGGACGCUUGGAUGCUGGCGAAGUUCUUCGGUCGGCCCGAUGUGAGCUCCACAGGACCGAGAGCGUUGCAGUCCUUCGUGGCCUGGACCAAAGAGCUCUGGGCCGAAGAGACCUGCACUGGAGCUGCCUUCGCCCGCAGUGGGGCACUCCAGGCGUGGAAUCAGACCUUGAAGCUGGCGCCCCGCACGGUGCCGGAGCCAAAGAGACAUCGGGAGGAAGGGCAAGUGAGAGAAAAGGAACAUGGUGGAUUUGGAACUGUACUGGUGAUGAGUGGCUUGUGGUCCCAAGUCCUUCGACUGGUUUUGGAUGGCCCCAGUGGCCGCCAGGAUGAUGAUUUUGGAUCUUCCAACUUGAGGAAGUGCCGAGACAGAGAAGGAGGGAAGGAGGGGACGUUUGGUAAAAAGAUGGAGAGAUGUCAAGAAGCAUCCUCUAGUAUUGCGUCCUCUAAAACGACUUCGAAGUCGGCUCCAGGAAGAGCCUUGGAACGGUUUUCUGUGCAGGAAGAGGAGGAUGAGGAAGAUGCGCCAGAAGAGGCAUGA